AACCACCACCGCAUCAAGUCAUUGCAGUCAGCCGCGCAACCAUGGUGUACCGCUGGGAGCAACAUCGGCAGACCUGCUAUCGCCUCUAUGUAGAGGAGAACAAGUCGAUUGAUGAGGUGGUGCAUUACAUGCGGGAACACCAUAACUUCACUCCGAGCCGACGCGCGUUCCAGGGAGCAUUCUCCCGGUGGGGAUUCCCCAACAAGUUGAACCCCGCCUACAAGAACGAGCAGCUCGUCGCGCGUGUGAAGGAGCUAUGGGAGCGCAAUUUCUCCCAGAAGGACAUGAUCUCGACCCUCGUCAGUGAGGGCUACGAUGUCGGCGAGCGGGAAGUGACUCGCAUCCGGUUCAAGCACGGAUGGAUGCUGCGCGCCAACAACCCGUCCAUUGCACGGACUGGGAGUGCCGAGGAUUGUGACGAUGCAGGGCAUGCCGAGCAUGGCGGUCCCAACCAUGAGAGUGAGAAUCCCGGCGUUCAUGAAGACCAGAGUAAUUAUUGGAAUUAUGGAGUGGGCCCGCUGGAAACCCCUGAUGUCCAGGUUCAAGAGGAGACCCUCGAGGCCAUGCGCGAGGCUCGAAGGGAAUACCGGAAGCGGCAACUCGAGGCUGAGAACGAAGAGAGGUGGAUGACCAAGAAGCGGCGGCGCCAUACCAGGGCAUACGGCAUCCUGCCCCCUGACCCGCCGGGGGUCCCACCACGCUUCCCGUCUGAGACGACACUCACCGAAUCCAAGCAGAUACUGCAGCUCGACCCUGAGGCCUACAAGGCGCUUCGGGAGAAGUUCUACUCCAUCUGCGUGAAUGCGGGCGUCUACAAGAAGACGCUCGUUGGUCCGGAGAGGUGGGAGGCGCUCAAGGAGCAGCUGAUCCGCGAAAGCAUGCACCUCCGGGCCGUCAUGUGGGACCAGACCGACAUUGACAAGAAGAAUCUUGCUGUCGAGAUUAUUGCCUGCGAUGUCACCAAGAGGAUCAGGGUCGAGUCCACCGCCAUGCAUGUGGCCGACGCCAAGGUCAUCCUGGGACUGAACCCGGACCAGGGCUACGCUGUCCGCACCCGGAUGUACAACCUCUUGGCUCAAGAGAAGUUCACCAACAAGUUCGAGGAAGGAUUUGACUACUUUGAACAGCUCAAGCAGAGGUGGAUUGCCGAGUCCCCGGAGCUUAGCGGAGUCGUUGCGGCCGGCCCGGCAGAUCCCGACUACCAGCGCAAGAUGAAGGCCAUCAACGUCCUCUGCCGUGACGCUACAAGGCGGUACCGCAGCGAUGCGGCUCGCCUAGGACGGACGCCGGAUGUCAAGCCGCCGACUCAGAAACCCGCGACGCCUAAGCCGCGCAAGAAGGCGACUCCCAAUCCGUCAGCGAAGGCUGCGGGCAAGGAGCCGGCCCAGGCAGCAUCAUCACACACGCCGGCAUCCGAGAUCACCGACACAGACUCGCAAGCAACAGAGUCACCCCCGCCACCACCUCAGCCCCGCCGGCGUGGACGCCCCCCUGGGUCGCGCAACAAGAAGUCGCUGCCACAUGUCGAAUCUCGCCUGGUCCUGGCAGACGUUGAGGAACCCCGAGAGGGUCAGCAAAUGGUAGACCCGCAGCUUCGCGCCAGCGUGCUCGCUGCGUCCCAGAACCAGGACCCGUUGCUCGACGGGCAGUAUGGGCAUGGAUACGCAGCACCACAGCACGCACAGGUCUUCCAGCAGCCGCAACAGCCACAACCACAGCAGCAUCAGCAGCAAGCAACACCGGCACCAGCCUCAUCCGGCGCCAUCGCCGCCUUCUUCCGGCUCAACCCCGCGCAGGCGGCCAUGUUCCCGGGCGUCCCGGCGCAGUGGAUCAGUCCGCUCAGCUCGCGGACCAUGGCCGAACUGCGGAGCGCGGCCAGGCAGAAGACGCCUGGCGCUCUCUGCUACAAGAUUGAGGGCAUCGUCAAGGAUGGCAAGGGCGGCGAGCUGCCGCUGCCGGUGAGCGACGAGGUCGAACUCGAGACAUAUCUGCAACAUGUCCAGGGUUUGGGCCAUGGGGCACCGACGUUCAAUGUGCAUGUCCUGCCUGGGGUGGGAGGGCAGUGAGGGAUGGGUAUCUUGGUGGUUGUCCGAGGGUAAGAAGAGGGCUAUGGAUAGAGUGGUAAGUUGCUUUCUCGAUGGCUUGACUUGCACAGGCUGGAUUGUGGGAGUGGGUGGCAAGAGGCUGCUGCAUGCAAUCUCUUGCAUCUAUUAGGUACCUCGGACUCAAUUGAAGCGAU